GCCGUACAGGGAGAGGAGAAUUUCCCUUCUUUGCCGGAAAGGGGCAAAGUUCAGGCCGGGGCAAUUUGCUCAGGCUGCAGGAGUCCAAGCCCAGAGUGGCACCGCCCCGUGAAAGCAGCUCCUGCAGCAAGGGGAGGGGAGCGCCUGCCCUCGGGCUCCCUGCUCCUCUGCUCGGCCCCCCAGCUCGGCUGCAGCUCCGCUCCGACCGGCCUCCCAAGGGGGCUGCGCCGGGUCCCCGGGCUGGUGGGGCCCGCGCACCCUGGAACGCGAGUGGGACCGGGACCGGGGAGGCUCCGCCCCGGCUGGUCCCGUGGCGCGGGAGGCCGGGCUCCGGAAUCCCCAGGAGGCGGGGUCAGAGACGGGACUUUCCUGGGCCAGCGGGAGCGAGGAGCCGCAGGGCCCGGCCCAGGUCCCGGUCCCGCAGUGCAGCCCGGCUCCGCCAUGGACGAGCCCUACAACGCGUGCCUGGAUGGGAUCGACUAUGACGACUUCCAGUUCAGCUCCCACAUGAUGGAGCAGAAGGAACCGCUGAUGGAGACGGCCGAAGGUCCGUAUCUCAUCAUCAUCGAGCAGCCCAAACAGCGCGGGUUCCGGUUCCGGUACGGCUGUGAAGGCCCCUCACAUGGUGGGUUGCCCGGAGCAUCCAGUGAGAAGGGACGCAAGACUUACCCCACUGUCAAGAUCUGCAACUACGGAGGCGUGGCACGGAUCGAGGUGGACUUGGUGACCCACAGCGACCCUCCACGAGUGCAUGCUCACAGCCUGGUGGGGAAGCAGUGCAACGAGGCUGGCAAUUGCAUCGUGACCGUGGGACCUAAGGACAUGACAGCACAAUUCAACAACCUUGGGGUGCUCCACGUGACCAAGAAGAACAUGAUGGAGAUCAUGAAGGACAAGCUGAAGCAGCAGAAGAUACGCAAUAGAAAUCAGGCACUGACCGAGUCUGAGCUGCGUGAGAUUGAGGUGGAGGCAAAGGAGCUGAAGAAGGUGAUGGACCUGAGCAUCGUGCGCCUCCGUUUCACUGCCUACCUCCGUGACAGCAAUGGGAACUUCACGCUGCCCCUCAACCCUGUCAUCUCAGACCCGAUUCAUGACAGCAAGUCACCUGGGGCUUCCAACCUGAAGAUCUCACGGAUGGAUAAGACGGCUGGCUCGGUGCGGGGAGGGGACGAGGUCUACUUGCUGUGCGAUAAAGUUCAGAAAGAUGACAUCGAGGUGCGGUUCUACGAGGAUGAUGAGAACGGCUGGCAGGCCUUCGGGGACUUCUCCCCUACGGAUGUUCACAAGCAGUACGCCAUCGUCUUCCGCACGCCGCCCUACCACAAGCCCAAGAUCGAACGCCCCGUCACUGUCUUCCUGCAGCUGAAGCGGAAGCGUGGGGGGGACGUGAGCGACUCCAAGCAGUUCACCUACUACCCAGUGGUGGAAGAUAAGGAGGAGGUGGAGAGGAAGCGGAAGAAGGUGCUGCCUCAGUUCCCCCAGCACUUUGGUGGGGGCUCACACAUGGGAGGGGCCGGCGGGGGAAGCAGUGGCUUUGGCUCUGGUGGAGGUGGAAAUCUAAACUAUCCAUACUCCUCGGGGCUGACUUACAACAACAUCUACUCAUCUGGCCCCCACCCUGUGGGCGGCUACCAAGGUGGGGUGCAGAUGACCAGGGCCACCAAGAUGGAAGAGGAAGAGGAGGGGAAUGGCAAGCACCUGCCUGCGGAGACUGGGAAGCAGCCCUGCCCUCCAGAGGACAGCCACCGGCAAGAGCUGCAUCACCACGCCCAGCUCUGCAGCAUGAGGAUGCUGGCUCUGGCUCAGCGCAGCGCCCAUGCCCUGCUGGACUAUUCGGUCACUGCUGACCCACGCAUGCUGCUGGCCGUGCAGCGGCACCUGGCCGCCUCCCAGGAUGAGAACGGAGACACGCCUUUGCAUCUUGCCAUCAUCCAUGAGCAGACGACGGUGAUCGAGCAGCUGAUCCAGGUCAUCCUCAGCAUCCCCAACCAGCAGAUCAUCAACGUGGCCAACCACUUGCAGCAGACUCCCUUGCACCUGGCAGUUAUCACCAAGCAGCACCAGGUGGUGAGGUUACUGCUGCAGGCCCAGGCAGACCCCACCCUGCUGGAUCGCUACGGCAACUCGCUGCUGCACCUGGCACUCCAGACAGGCGAUGAGGCCAUGCUGAAGACGUUGCUGGGGCACCUGGACUCCUCUGGCCCCUGUCUGCUCAGCACACCCAAUUAUCAUGGCUUGCUCCCCGUGCACCUGGCUGUGAGGGUGAAGAGCCUGGCCUGCCUGGACUUGCUGGUGAGGAUGGGAGCAGACGUGAAUGCCGUGGAGCGGCAAGGUGGCCGGACGCCCCUGCACCUGGCCGUGGAGAUGGAGAACCUCAACGUGGCCGGCCACCUGGUUAAGAAGCUGGGAGCGGACGUCAAUGCUCGGACGUUUGCUGGAAACACCCCUCUGCACCUGGCUGCAGGCCUGGGCUCCCCCAUCCUCACCAAAAUGCUCAUCAAAGCAGGAGGGGAUGUCCUCUGUGAGAACGAUGAGCCGGUGAGGUCGUCCUCGUCUGAAGCCAGCAGCGACACGGACAGUGGGCCCGAGGAGCAGGAGGCAGACAUGGAGCUGGGAGAUUCGGACACAGAGCGCACAGAUACCAGCACCGCUGCUGAGCACAGAAGCAGGGAGCCUGGCACUCGGGGUGCAAGGCAGCGGCGGAGACACACACCGCUUGACUUAACCAGGAGCCACAAGGUGCGGCAGAUCUUGCUGCAUGCCUCGCUGCAGGGCCCGGAGUCGGAGCAGCCUGCUGCCCCCAGGCCAGGGACCACCCUGUCACUCGACAGCAACACCCUGCAGGGCCUGGAGCAGUUACUGAACCAGGACCGCAGCGGCUCGGACUGGACUGAGCUGGCCCAGAGACUGGGCCUGCGCAGCCUGGUGGAGACGUACAAGGACACAGCCUCCCCCAGCGGGAGCCUCCUGCUCAGUUAUGAGCUCGCUGGCGGCAGCCUGGGGGGCUUGAUGGAGGCACUGGACUCCAUGGGGCUCAGCGAGGGAGUGAGGAUGCUUCGCAAAGCAGAGACAGCUGACAAGCUGCAAAGCACAGAGCUCAAGGAGGACAGUGCCUAUGGGAGCCAGUCAGUGGAAGAGGAGCAGCCGCCGGCCCCACCGCAGAAGUUGCACCCGCUGCCCUCUGCUGAGCUGCUUGGUGAGCCCCCUCACAGCCAGCAGCAGCAGGUGCAUUGACCUGCCGGUGCCUCCCUCUGGUCCCGGGGUAGCCCGGCUGUGACUGACAAUUUGGAGGGAAAGAGCUGCGGCAGGCUCGGAGCCCCCGCACUGCCCACGGAUUGAAUACAAGUGCCUCUUGGCCCCAGAAUGGGCUGCCCAUGCCUCUUCGACUCUCCUCUGGUAGGGCUGGCCGCAGCCUGGCAGGCCCUGCUGUGCAGAACCCAGCCCCCUCUCUGCUCUUAUUUAAAGAUCCCUCAUCAGGUUUCUUGGUUUAGGUGAAUAAAGGGUGUGACUCCUAGAA